AUGGCAAAAUGCAACAUAGAUGCAAUUCAAAAGGACGCGAUUGCAUUCGAGAGUCAGCCUGAAGAUGUGUUAAGCCAGGAAAAAGAACUGGAUUCGGAGGUCGCACACAGCGGCAUAGAAACCCCCACAGACAAAGUCAUACAUGGCGCAGAAGAAAUCACUCGGGUUAUCAUAUCUCCGGAUGACCAACCUCAUCUUCCCACUCUCACCUUUCGUUUUUGGGUCCUUGGUAUCGGUUUAUCGAUUUUCGGUUCGGUCCUCUCAGAGAUCUACUUCUGGAAACCUCAGAACGCAACCGUCAGCAACCUCUUCCAGCUCAUUGUUGCAUAUGUUCUCGGGAAUGCAAUGCACUAUGUUAUGCCUUCCAAAGGUAUCUGGCGGUAUCUCAACCCAGGGCCAUUUAACAUAAAGGAGCAUACUUGCAUCACCAUGAUGGCUUCCACCGCUUCUUCUUCCGCUUUCGCCAUCGGCGUCAUUGCCACCCUCGAUCUCUUCUAUAACAUAAAGCUCAACCCCGCUGCCGCAAUUUUCCAGAGCUUCGCCUCGCAGCUCAUUGGAUAUGGAUUUGCGGGAAUAUUGCGAUCACUUUUGGUCUGGCCGACUUAUGCCCUUCAUCCAGCCAAUAUACCUUUGAUAUCCCUUCUUCAAUCGAUGCACUUUGAUGGCCUGCUAAACAAAAAGAAAAUGCAAUACUUCUGGAUCGUGUUUACAUGUAUCUUCAUCUGGGUAAGAAUAUCAGUCUCUUUCUCCAUUCCUUCCCACUUAUUUUUCUGUCCUGCCGUUCAGGAAAUAGUUCCUACUUGGAUUUUCCCCCUCCUUACAUCCUUUUCCGUCAUUUGUCUUGCCGAUACCGGUCAGCACACUGUUGUUCGCAAUCUUUUCGGUGCAGGUUCCUCAAAUGAAGGACUGGGCCUCUUUUCUUUCGGGUUUGAUUGGAUGCUUAUAACCCAGGCCUUCCCGCUCUACUGGCCACUUCAGACGCAGGUGUCCUCUUGGGUUGGAAUAGCUUUGUGUUACAUACUUUUGAUGGGCUGCUAUUAUGGCGACGUGUUUGAAGGCAAGUCAAGAGGCCUCCCAUUUCUGUCAGCAUCGUUAUUUAGUGGAAACGGUUCGCUGUAUGACCAAAGCGCUAUCCUUACACCCGCUAACCAGCUCGACGCUGUAAAGUUCGCCGAGAUUGGCCCUCCCUACAUGACGACAACGUAUGCAAUCUCUCUCCUUACAGCUUACGCCGCCUUGGGUGCUGCCUUUUCGCAUGUCCUGCUGUGGCAUUGGAAAGAGUUAUGGAUGGCAUUCAAGGGUUUCAAUUUCCUCAAAUCUGGUCAGGACUUUGAUGAUGUCCACUACCAGAAAAUGAAAGUCUACAAAGAAGUCCCACAGUGGUGGUAUGGUCUUACAUUCCUCGUAUCCCUUGCGCUCGCCAUUGGAAUGGCAUAUGUCGGGCUAGAAACCCUGCCUUGGUGGUCAGUCAUACUGUUUACCGUCCUGGCUUUUAUCAUUUCAAUCAUUCUUGGUUUUAUUUUUGCCGUGACAGGGUUUCAAAUACCUACCUUUGGUGUUGUACAAGUUAUUGCCGCCUAUGUCCACCCACAACAACCGAUACAGAACAUGUAUGCGAAGCUAUACGGCUACAAUACUGGAUAUCAAACUCUCUACAUGCUCGCGGACCUGAAGCUCGGUCAGUACGCUAAAGUUCCCCCAAGAGCAACUUUCAUAUCUCAGAUUGCUGGCACAAUUCUUGGCGCUGGAUUCAAUUACAUUUUGUACAAGUCUAUCGUAGACGCACACCGUGCUGAUCUGAUCAAUCCAAUUGGUACACGUAUAUGGUCAGGGUGGAACUCGCAAGAUAUCAAUUCCGCUGCGAUUACCUGGGGUGCACUAUCCAAAGAGCUUUAUAGUCCCGGAAAGAUGUAUUUCCAGAUCCCGAUGGGUCUUCUAUACGGCUUUCUCGCACCCUUCCCGUUAUACUUCCUUCACAGACUGUUCCCUAAACAAAAGAUAUGGUCCUAUCUCAAUGUGCCUGUCAUUAUCACAUAUUUGGGCUGGCUUACGUAUUCAGUGAAUGGGGCAUGGUGGCCUGGGUUUGUUAUUGGCUUGUGGACGCAAUGGUGGGUGAGGACGCGGAAACCAAGGUGGUACAACAAAUAUAAUUUCCUCACUUCUGCAGCUCUGGAUGGUGGGUCAUCGAUCGUGUAUUUUAUCCUCAGCUUUGCGGUAUUUGGUGCGAGUGGGCAGGGUAUCAACUUUCCAUUCUGGUGGGGUAAUCCAGAUCCAGCUAUGAUGAGUGUUGAUCACUGUGCAAUGAGCUCGGGAUGAUGCAAGGCCACCAUACUAGGAAGGUGUAGUAUUUUAUAAACCCUCGUAGCAACGACUGUUCACCCCAGAGCUUCUAUUUUGGUUUAUAUUAGAUCUCUCUGAAUCUGAGGAGAGUCAAACGACAUACCCACACUGGCGAUAGCACUGUCCGCGAAAGCAUUUGUCAGACAUGGGGAUGCAUGAGACGCCGUUCUAUGCAUACACAACGACGUCAGCUUAUCGAUGUAGUAAGAGGUCAUCUUACAACUUUGGACUCAUGUUCUUAUCAAGCAAGGCAACGACAUCUGAUAUCAAUUCGACAAAUACAUGUAUAGGUUGUGGCGCGGCAUAUAACUCUGGUAAUACUAGCAUUGUCACG